UCUUAAGCAACGAUUGGACUACGGGGGUGGCAUGGGAGAGGUCUGUGGGUCUGAAAGGAGGACGCUCUGGCUAAUCCCUUGGUCUCUGCUCAGAGACUAUGUGCGGCUGGUUGUCCGGAAAGUACAAUUUGCACCACCGGAGGCAGGCCCUGGCCCCUCAGCCCAGACCAUCCGCCGCUUCCUUCUGUCAGCUCAGCCCCUACAACUCCAGGCCUGGAUGGACAGGGAGGUUCACUACCACGGAGAACCCAUCUCUGUCAAUGUUUCUAUCAACAACUGCACCAACAAGGUCAUCAAAAAAAUCAAGAUUUCGGUUGACCAGAUCACAGAUGUUGUCCUGUAUUCACUAGACAAGUACACCAAGACUGUGUUCAUUCAGGAAUUCACGGAGACUGUAGCUGCUAAUUCCAGCUUCUCCCAGAGCUUUGCAGUAACCCCAAUCCUGGCUGCCAGCUGCCAGAAACGGGGCCUGGCACUGGAUGGCAAACUUAAGCAUGAAGAUACCAACCUGGCCUCUAGCACAAUUAUUAGACCGGGAAUGGACAAAGAGCUGCUGGGGAUCCUGGUGUCCUACAAAGUCAGAGUCAACCUGAUGGUGUCCUGUGGUGGCAUCCUAGGAGACCUGACAGCCAGCGAUGUUGGUGUGGAGCUACCCUUGGUCCUGAUCCAUCCGAAGCCAUCUCAUGUAGGGAAGACAUCCAUCAUCACCCGCUUCAUGUACAACAGCUUCGGCUGCGCCUGCCAGGCAACUGUUGGAAUUGACUUCUUGUCUAAGACCAUGUACUUGGAGGACCAAAUAGUUCAGCUGCAGCUAUGGGACACAGCUGGCCAGGAGCGCUUUCACAGCCUAAUUCCUAGCUACAUUCGUGAUUCAACUAUUGCAGUGGUUGUCUAUGACAUCACAAACAUCAAUUCUUUUAAGGAGACAGAUAAGUGGGUAGAACAUGUACGAGCAGAAAGAGGUGACGAUGUUGUCAUCAUGCUGGUGGGUAAUAAGAUUGAUUUGGAUAACAAAAGACAAGUCACUGCAGAAGAGGGUGAAGAAAAAUCCAGAAACCUCAAUGUGAUGUUUAUUGAGACCAGUGCCAAAACCGGUUACAACGUGAAAAAGCUGUUCCGGCGUGUGGCUUCUGCCUUUCUUUCUACAAGAACUUCACCUCCACCAAAAGAAGGGAGUAUCCUUUUUCCUAGCUUUGCUGGGAUAGAGAGUAUACAAGUAGAGAAGGUAAGUUUCCUUGCUGAGUUGAUGCCUGAGUGGUACUUAAGGGGAAAAUGGGACUAACUUUAGCCCAAAGUAGUUCCUUCAUUUGCCUUUAGGUGAGAGGGUUUGUAAGAUCAGAAUUCCUCUUCUACAUCUCCUAGAAGCUGACCUUGGGUGUUAAGAUUUGACUCCAGUCACCUCACUGUAUUAGCUUCCUUAACACACACUUCAGCGGUUGAAAUUGAACUGGAAUCCUUCGAAGAGUCAGGCAACAGAAGCUAUUGUUGACAGCUUAGGCUUUCUCUGCCUCAUUUGAUGGAUUUCUUACAUUUGGGCUUGCCAUACCAGUUCUCCUCCCCACCUCGUUUUAUGAUACAUGGCCACUUACUCUCUUCCAAUUCCUAGGCUUGGGGUAAAAACAGAACUCCUGAAAGUGCUAUCAUUUUUUCCUGACUGCAUCUCACAACUACUGGGUGGAAGCUUCUUGCAGCACCUGGGAGUUCUACCUUACCUUCUCCGACAGCUAAAAGACAUCUGUAGAGAAUACAGUUCUACAGCAGCUGACAUACUUCAAAGGCCAAUACAAUUCAUUCUCCACUGUUUGUUGUUGUUUACCUACACCCUCAAUAAAUGGUUCUU